AUGAGCCCCUGGACCCGCGGCAUCACGACCCUCGGCCCAUCCUCGAGCUCCAGCACCAGCAGCAGUAAUGGCGCCACCGAGCCCUCGUCCUCCAGCGACGCGCUGCCGACAUCGCGCCUGAACCCGACCCCCGAUGACUACUCGAUAUCCUCCUUCGCCGACAAGGCCAAGAUCACGAUACACGCGGGCGGCGGCGGACACGGCUGCAUCUCCUUCCUCAGAGAAGCCUUCAUGGACAACGGCCCCGCGAACGGCGGCGACGGCGGGCACGGCGGCAACGUCUACAUCCAGGCGGCCCACGGCGAGACGUCCCUGCACAAGCUGUCGCGGCGGCGGAUCAUACGCGCCGAAAGGGGCAAGACCGGCCAGGGCAGCAGCCGGGGCGGCGCGCGCGGCGAAGACGUCAUCAUCAAGGUGCCCGUGGGCACUGUGGUCCGCGAGAUUCAGCGCAUCGACCCCAUGGUCGACGAGCAGGCCGCGUACCACGCGGCGCGCGCCAAGGACCGCGAGUACCGGGAACGCGUGAAGGAGGCCGAGGCCGCAGCCGCAAAGCUGGACGCCGAGAACGGCAUCGCCGUCGACGCCGAGGACGUCAUGCGCGCCAUCCCCGACCUGCCCGAGCAGCCCGACCACCCGAACCUGCACAAGUUCAUCCUGUACCCGGGCAUCUCGGCGAGCGAGCGGCGCAGCCUGACGCUGCCGCGUCUGCCGCGCCGCGAGCGCCUGUACGCGCAGCCCGAGGCGCCCAUCCAGCUGGACCUCUCGACGCCGACGCAGCGGCCGAUCCUGCUGGCCGCGGGCGGCAUCGGCGGCCUGGGCAACCCGCACUUCGUGUCCAAGGACCGGCCGAAGCCACUGUUCGCGACGAAAGGUGAGCGCGCCGUGACCGUGCAGCUCGAGCUCGAGCUGAAGCUGCUCGCCGACGUGGGUCUCGUGGGCCUCCCCAACGCGGGCAAGAGCACGCUCCUGCGCGCGCUGACGCGCUCGCGCGCCCGCGUCGGCAACUGGGCCUUCACGACGCUGCAGCCCAACAUCGGCACCGUGGUGCUGGACAACCACAAGGGCCGCCCCAUCGCGGUGCCCAAGCCCUCGCGCCCGGCCUCCCACGCCGUCGUCCACGACGCCACGCAUGGCUCCGUCGUCAUCGCGCAGCCCGAGCAGACUGGAGAAGGCCCUGAGCUCCGUACGCGCUUCACCGUCGCCGAUAUCCCGGGCCUGAUCGAGGGCGCGCACCUCGACCGCGGGCUCGGCGUCGCGUUCCUGCGCCACGUCGAGCGCGCCGGCGUGCUGGCCUUCGUCGUCGAUCUCGCGGCCGGCGAUGCGGUGGAGGCGCUCAAGGCGCUGUGGACUGAGGUCGGGCUGUAUGCGCGCAUGCGCGAGGACGAGGAGAAGGAGCGCGAGGUCGCGGGCCGCAUCGACUGGGAGGGGGAUGGUGGUGUUGGGAGUGGAAAUGGCAGCAGUGGUCCGUUCGGCGGGAGGUUGGGUGGGGGACAAAUGAUGGUAGCUGCUGAUAUGCAGGACCCCAUCGCAGAGGGCGAGACGGGCUUGCACAUCGCGGCCAAGCCGUGGUUCGUCAUUGCCACCAAGGGCGACCUGACCGGCACCCAGGACAACUACGCGAAGCUCAAGGACUACCUGGCCGCGGUCACGGACGGCCGCGAGCCGCACCCCAGCGGCGUCGAGGGCGCGUGGACCGAGGACUGCGCUGCCAUACCCGUGAGCGCCAUACAUGGCCAUGGCGUGGACAGGAUUGUACAUUGGACGGUGGGAUUGCUGGAUGACUGA